AUAGAAUUUUCAUGGCCAUCCUCCGAUCCAAUCAUAAAUCACUGUCUACACUAAAGAAAUCCACUACUCCGCAGACCAUAGUUACCACAUAAUCACUCACACGCGGCACUCAUCCACGGCAAGUACGAAUCACAUUACUCCACCCCUCCCUGCUCAUAUAAAUUGCAAACUCUCACUUUCGGUGCAUGAUCCUCCUUUUUAUUUCGUUCUUUUGCAGUCCAGAAAUCUCCUUUAUUCUGCUUCGGUUUGGCACCGUCGGCUCACGUUAGCUUCCACCACCGUUACUUCCAUUAAAUAGAUGGACGCGUAAAAGCAUUUCAAUUUCCAUUUCCUUUUCCGUUUUCAUUUCUCGUUUGAGAGAGAUUUUGGCCUUUUGCACUUUUUGGUGAUUGUUUGAAACAAUGGCGACGGCGAUGAAUAGGGUGGAUCUGGAUGGGAGGCCGAUAAGGCCGAUCACAAUAUGCAUGAUUGGUGCUGGAGGUUUCAUUGGCUCCCACCUUUGUGAGAAGUUGUUGAUGGAGACGCCGCACACGAUCUUGGCUCUGGAUGUCUACAACGAUAAGAUCAAGCACCUCCUCAAGACGGAAUCACUCUCUUGGAACGACCGGAUCCAGUUCCACCGCCUCAACAUCAAAAAUGACUCCCGCCUUGAAGGCCUUAUCAAGAUGGCGGAUCUGACGAUAAAUCUGGCGGCUAUUUGUACUCCGGCGGAUUACAAUACGCGUCCGUUGGACACGAUUUACAGCAAUUUUAUUGAUUCGCUCCCAGUGGUGAAGUACUGUACGGAGAAUAACAAGCGUCUAAUUCACUUCUCGACUUGCGAGGUGUAUGGUAAAACGAUUGGGAGCUUUCUUCCUAAAGAUAGCCCUCUUCGUCAGGAUCCUGCCUACUACAUUCUUAAAGAAGAUGCUUCCCCCUGUAUUUUUGGACCAAUUGAGAAGCAGAGGUGGUCCUAUGCAUGUGCAAAACAGUUGAUUGAGAGGCUGAUAUAUGCUGAGGGCGCGGAGAAUGGCCUUGAGUUCACCAUUGUGAGACCUUUCAACUGGAUUGGACCCAGAAUGGACUUCAUACCUGGUAUUGAUGGUCCAAGUGAGGGUGUUCCCAGGGUUCUGGCAUGCUUUAGCAAUGCUCUCUUGCGCCGUGAACCACUCAAGCUAGUGGAUGGUGGUCAAUCUCAGAGAUCUUUCAUUUACAUCAAAGAUGCCAUUGAAGCUGUUCUCUUGAUGAUUGAAAAUCCAGCCAGGGCUAAUGGUCACAUUUUCAAUGUUGGAAACCCUUACAAUGAAGUUACUGUUAGGCAGCUUGCCGAAAUGAUGACUGAGGUCUAUGCAAACGUAAGCGGAGAACCGGCUCUGGAGGUGCCAACAGUUGAUGUCUCCUCCAAGGAAUUUUAUGGUGAGGGAUAUGACGACAGUGACAAGAGAGUUCCAGACAUGACCAUAAUCAAUAGACAGCUUGGUUGGAACCCCAAGACAUCGCUGUGGGACUUGCUUGAAUCAACCCUCACUUAUCAACACAGGACAUAUGCUGAGGCAGUUAAGAAGGCCAUCGCAAGACCUUCAUCCAGCUGAAGAAACACUUGAGAAUCGGAAUUCUUGGGUAGGCUGUUCGUUAGAAUGAGUUCCAGUUCUUGUUAAGGGAAUUUUAAAUCUGUUAGUGGUUUGUUCCAUAUUAUAUACGCUUGCUUGUUCCAUAUUAUAUACGCUAAAUUUUUUUUCGUCUUUCCAGUGUCUAUAGUCAUGGCUCGCAGUAGCUCAGGUAUUCUGCGUUUUGGAUAUUACUCUUGAAUAGAUAAUUAGGAUCUUAUUAGGCGAGUAUAUUUUGUCACGAUAACUAGUCUUGUGAGCUUGGGCUACGGUAUAAUGGGGGCAUUAUACAACGUUUGUUCUGUUUCUAUAGAUGUUUGCUUGACAUUCCUCUGUUUUGUUUCUCCAGGGAUUUGUUGUAUUAAUUCGUUGAACCCUUCAUGCUCUUAUUAAAUUAUUAUUUUUUAAUUCCAA